UUUUUCUGCUUCUUCUUUUCCCCCCCCUUCCUCUGAGAAGGAGGGACAGACACAAACACAGAGAAAUAAGGGAAAGAAAAGUACCGGGACUGAUCGUGCUGCUGCAAACCCAAAGAUAGCAGGUGAAGAGGGGGUUUGGCUUCUACCCCAAGGUAAAGCCCUGCCCCCUUUACCUUCUCGCCACCUCCUCCGAGAAGGAGAAGGAGAGAGAGAGAAAGGGCCAAAGUGGAGAAAAGCAGGUCUUCUGCGGCUGGCAUUUGGAGUACAGGGAGCCAGGAAGUGAAGGAUGGUUGUGGUUACCCGAGCUGGCUGCAGGGCAGCUCUCUUCCUCUGGAUUUUCAGCAGCAUUAGCUGCAGAGCCAGGACUGCUCUGCCUGCAUCUCAAAAGUGCGAUGAACCUCUGGUCUCAGCAUUACCCCAUUCCUCCUUCAGCAGUUCAUCAUCUAUGACAAGCAGCUAUGUGCCGGGUUAUGCCAAGUUAAACAAGAGAGGAGGUGCAGGAGGUUGGUCUCCAUCAGACAGUGAUCAUUACCAAUGGCUACAGGUGGAUUUUGGGAACCGGAAACAGAUCAGUGCUAUUGCAACUCAAGGCAGGUACAGCAGUUCUGACUGGGUCACUCAAUAUCGGAUGCUCUAUAGUGACACAGGGAGAAACUGGAAACCCUACCACCAAGAUGGAAAUAUCUGGGCAUUUCCUGGAAAUACAAACUCUGACAGUGUGGUCCGGCACGAUUUACAACAUCCCGUUAUUGCUCGCUAUGUAAGGAUAGUUCCUUUGGACUGGAACGAAGAGGGCCAGAUUGGGUUAAGAAUUGAAGUCUAUGGCUGCUCCUAUUGGGCUGAUGUUAUCAAUUUUGAUGGCCAUGUAGUGUUACCAUACAGAUUCAGGAACAAGAAAAUGAAAACACUGAAAGAUGUCAUCUCUCUGAAAUUUAAGACCUCUGAAAGCGAAGGUGUAAUCUUCCAUGGAGAAGGACAGCAAGGAGACUAUAUCACCUUGGAACUGAAGAAAGCCAAACUUGUUCUAAAUUUAAAUUUAGGCAGCAACCAGCUUGGGUCCAUUUAUGGUCACACAUCUGUGAUGACAGGCAGCCUCUUGGAUGAUCACCACUGGCACUCCAUCGUCAUAGAGCGCCACGGGAGAAACAUCAAUCUCACCCUGGACAGACACAUGCAGCACUUCAGAACCAAUGGAGAAUUUGAUUACCUGGACCUGGAUUAUGAGAUAACCUUUGGAGGCAUGCCUUUUUCUGGGAAGCCAAGUUCUAACAGCAGAAAAAAUUUCAAAGGCUGCAUGGAGAGCAUCAACUACAAUGGCAAUAAUAUCACUGACCUUGCCAAGAGGAAGAAAUUGGAACCCUCGAAUGUGGGAAAUUUAAGUUUUUCUUGUGUGGAGCCACAUACAGUGCCUGUCUUUUUCAAUGCCACCAGUUACCUUGAGGUUCCUGGUCGUCCAAGCCAGGAUCUGUUUUCGGUCAGCUUCCUUUUCCGAACCUGGAAUCCAAAUGGACUUCUUGUCUUCAGUAACUUUGCGGAUGACCUGGGAAAUGUUGAAAUUGAUAUAAACGAAGGCAAAGUCAGUGUCCACAUCAAUGUCACCCAAGUGAAGAAGAACCGGAUAGAUAUCUCAUCAGGCUCUGGUCUCAAUGACGGGCAGUGGCAUGAAGUUCGAUUCCUAGCUAAGGAAAAUUUUGCUGUCCUCACCAUUGAUGGAGAUGAAGCUUCAGCUGUUCGAACAAACAGUCCUCUACAAGUUAAGACUGGCGAUAAAUAUUUCUUUGGAGGGUUUCCUGUACAGAUGAAUGACUCAGAUCACUCGCUACUUCAGCAUUCUUUUCAAGGAUGCAUGCAGUUUAUUCAUGUGGAUGAUCAGCUGGUGGAUUUGCACGCGGUGGAGCAAGGCCAGCUGGGAAGCUUUGCUAAUGUCACCAUUGACAUGUGUGCCAUUAUUGACAGGUGUGUGCCCAAUCACUGCGAACAUGGUGGAAAAUGCACCCAGACGUGGGACAGCUUCAAGUGCACUUGCGAUGGAACUGGAUACAGUGGUGCCACUUGUCAUAACUCUAUUCAUGAACUCUCUUGUGAAGCAUACAAACACUUGGGCAAAACUACAAAUUACUACUGGAUAGAUCCAGAUGGUAGUGGGGCACUGGGACCUUUGAAAGUUUACUGCAACAUGACAGAGGAUAAAGUAUGGACAACUGUGUACCAUGAUCUGCAAAUGCAGACUUCUGUGGGAGGCAACAGCAUGGAGAAGUUAUCUGUACUGCAGCUCAACUAUAGUGCAACAAUGGACCAGAUUUCUGCCAUUACCAGUAGUGCUGAAUACUGUGAGCAGUUUAUCUCCUACUCUUGCAAGAUGUCCCGGCUGCUGAAUACACCAGAAGGGAAUCCAUAUACCUGGUGGGUUGGAAAAGCCAAUGAGAAGCACUACUAUUGGGGCGGAUCAGGACCUGGCAUUCAAAAAUGUGCCUGCGGCAUCGAACGCAACUGUACUGAUCCCAAGUACUACUGCAACUGUGAUGCUGAUUAUAAGCAAUGGAGAAAAGACACUGGAAUGUUGUCAUACAAAGAGCACCUACCAGUGAGUCAGGUAGUCGUCGGAGAUGUUGACCGGCCUGGGUCUGAAGCCAAGGUGUCUGUGGGUCCCGUGCGCUGUCAAGGAGAUCGGAAUUACUGGAACGCAGCUUCUUUCGUUACUUCAUCAUCUUACCUCCACUUCUCCACCUUCCAAGGGGAAACCAGCGCAGACAUCUCUUUCUAUUUCAAAACAUCAGCCUCGGAUGGGGUGUUCCUUGAGAAUCUGGGUAACACUGACUUCAUCAAACUGGAGCUGAAAUCUGCUACAGAGGUUUCCUUUUCAUUCGAUGUCGGAAAUGGGCCGGUGGAAAUUGUCGUUAGAUCUCCCAGCCAGCUCAAUGAUGACCAGUGGCAUCGGGUCAAUGCUGAGAGGAAUGUCAAACAAGCCAGCCUGCAGGUAGACCAGUUACCCCUGGAGGUGCGGAAAGCACCAACAGAAGGACACACGCGACUGGAAUUGUACAGCCAGCUCUAUGUUGGUGCUGCAGGAGGCCAGCGAGGAUUCCUAGGCUGCAUUCGUUCAUUAAGGAUGAACGGGGUGACACUGGACCUGGAAGAGAGAGCAAAAGUCACUCCAGGGGUGAAGCCUGGCUGCUCCGGCCACUGCACGAGCUAUGGGAUGUACUGCGCAAAUGGCGGCAAAUGUGUCGAGAAAUACAACGGCUACUCCUGUGACUGCUCCAAAACUGCCUACGAUGGACCAUUUUGCAUAAAAGAUGUUGGAGCAUUUUUUGAAGAAGGAAUGUGGCUUCGUUACAACUUCCACUCCCCAGGAACUAGCAUGAAGGAUUUAGUUAGCCGGACACUUUUGAGUUCUACAGAUCCUGAGAUCACAGCACCUGACCUCAACUUGAAUAAAGAAGAGCUCAGCUUCAGCUUCAGUACCACCAAGUCCCCUUGUGUCUUAUUGUACAUCAGCUCCUAUACCCAGGACUUCAUGGCUGUGCUUGUGAAGCCAGCUGGGAACCUGCAGAUUCGGUACAGCCUCGGAGGCACCAAAGAGCCAUAUAACAUUGACAUUGACCACAGAAACAUGGCUAAUGGGCAGCCCCACACUGUCAACAUCACGCGGAAUGGACGGGACAUCGUACUGCAGCUUGAUCACUAUCCUCCAACAAGUUACAGCCUGCCAGCCGCAUCUGACAUUCAGUUCAAUUCCCCAAAGGCACUGUUCCUAGGAAAAGUUAUAGAAAUUGGGAAGAUUGACCAAGAUAUAUAUAAAUACAACACCCCAGGGUUCACAGGCUGUCUAUCAAGAGUACAGUUCAACCAGAUUGCUCCGCUCAAAGCAGCUCUGAGACCAACCAACGCCUCCUCUCACGUUCACAUCAAAGGAGAACUGGUGGAAUCCAACUGCGGGGCAUCUCCUCUCACCAUCCCACCAAUGUCGGCCGCUACUGACCCAUGGCACUUAGACUCAGCGAGUGCCGAUUUCCCAUACAACGGUCAAGCUAUAGGAGAUGGAGUUAACAGAAACUCUGCUAUUAUUGGAGGCGUCAUCGCAGUGGUGAUCUUCACCAUCCUCUGCACCUUGGUGUUCCUGAUCCGCUACAUGUUUCGCCACAAGGGAACCUAUCACACCAACGAAGCCAAAGGGGCAGAGUCAGCCGAGAGCGCCGAUGCUGCCAUCAUGAACAAUGACCCCAACUUCACGGAGACCAUAGACGAGAGCAAGAAGGAAUGGCUUAUCUAAGCCUACGGGGAUGGGGCCUGGGGUGGGAUAUGAGCUGGGCCAGGGUGGGACUGGGAUGACUCUUGCAGUGGAGAGAGAACACUCUGUGUUGGACGCUUGAGCACACAUAGGGUAAAAAGAUCAGCACAACUGGUGGAGCAAGUGACAGGAAAAUACCACUGAGACUGGAGAAAAAAAAAUAUCUCAAGCAUUUAAGAAAAAAUAUUUUUUAAUAGUUAUUUACAGCAACUUGCCCCUUCUGUAUCCAAACGACUACAACAAAGAGCAGUUUUGCAGCUUCAGCACUGGUUAAAAUUUUCAGUAAUACCUGUCUAUUUCUGUGUGUGUUUAGAGAUGUUCUGGGUACUUGUGACAAGAAACGGGACUGGUUUUUUAUAUUUUUUAAAAGCUGUUUAAAAUGUGGGUAGUUCUAUCCUGAGAGCAAGUGGCAGCUCUUUUUUCCCAGCAUUGUAUUCCUUCAUGGCUGGCCACUUUCCCACACACUGCCCUCAGCCCCACACCUUGACCAUAACACCAUUCAUUUUAGUGGUAUUGAUCUGGGGGUUCAGGGCUGGGGGUGGAACUGGGGCAUGAAGACUAAUGCAAAUCUUACUCCCCAGUUUCUCAACACGUCAUCAGCCCAUGUCAGCCCUGGCAGGAUCCACCUUCUUGAUCCAGGCACUUUGUGGAUUGCGUGCAAUUCUCAUCAACAGUGUAAAAAUACUGUUAUUACGACUACUGUUACUACUAGAGAGGACGACCAUAAAGCACAGGAAGUUUUAGGGGGGUUUUUUAUUAUUAUUAUUUUGGUCUCUGAGGGAGGAUGAUGCUGUGUGACUCUGUAGACCUAAGCUGUUCCUGUAUCUUUGGCUGUGGCACUGGUGACCUGAGGCAUGUGCCAGUUAAACUCGCAUCUGCCCGUGACAUUUUGGCAUAUGCUGUACAUUGUAGUAGGGAAUUAGAACCAGACUUCACUUCUGUUUCUUCUUAAUAGACUGUCAUAGAAUUAUUAGUAUAGGUCUAGUCAAUGCAUUUGAACAUACAGGCUUCACAUCAUACUUUUUUCCCGACUCAAGAGUAGCAAUUUAUUCCUUAAAACCUUUGCAAGGAAAGCCUCUGCUGGCAGUGUUUGCACAGUCAGAAAGGUGAGGCAAAGGAGGCUUGGAAACUCUGCCCCCAGGGCACAUGAGAAACACUCAGCACACUGAGGAGAGUUAUUUUUCAACACAGAGAUUUACCUGAACUAUUUUACUGUCUUUGUAAGGCAUUUUUAAGACUAGCAAGGCCAAGUGCAUCAUUGCAUCCCAUUUUCCCUCUCAGACCACAGAAGUUGCAGGUGUUGCCUGAGCAGCAGGCAGGCAGCUAGUAGGAAAGGCAAAGGGGCAGCCUGAAGACCUAAUAUCCUUUGGUGGCAAUAACAAAGCUUUAGCUUGCCCUCUGUAGAGGAGAGUGGUUCUCCUGUAGUCUGAAGGAAUGUAAGGCCUUAAUGGGCAGGUUUUGCAGUGAACAGAAUGAAGGAAUGAAUACACUGCAGGACAAUUGCCACGUGUUAAAGGAACAGAAAUAAUACCAAGAAUUUCCCCUUAAAAGUUUUUAUGCUUGUGACAGUCCUAGAUUUGCUUUACCUUUAAUUUGGCUGGGUUUAGUAGGCACAGAUUUAACCCAUUUUUCUGUACAAGAAAGAUUUAUUUUUCACCUAAAUGUGCAAUCUACUACACUUUCAUUAUUCUAGUUGAUUCUUCAAA